CGCAAUUAUGAAUUUGAAAUGACAUGGCGAUCAUUCUUAGGUAAGUCGAAACAAAGUUGUUAUCUUCAUCAUUCAUCGAAGCCAGAUCUUAUCAUGUGCCCUAUUGUGUUAGAUAAUUCAACCCAUGCAAACGUUUAUGUUUGUAAAAAUGCGUCCAGUUAGGUUCGAUGUUCCGACGUAAUGACCUAAGUUCUUGAAAAGUUUGCAUGGUGAUAAGUACAACUGUUUUGUUUUGUACAAAACUCCACGUAUAUUUGGUAAAGCUUACGAACCGUUAGCCCCGGAUCGUCAUAUUCUUCAGUCAAAUAAUAUUUUAUCACAUCUUCAAGUUCUGGGCUCUCGGUGUCGCAUUGAAAGCUAACGAGUAACGUUAUACUUUCGGCAAAACAAAACAAUUUAUAUGUCUUUAGUUUGUAAAGUGUUAUGAAAAAGCUAUAGUUUACUGCAUCAUUUCUGCAUGGCAGGGAGGCUAUUAAAUAUAAAUUUGAAUAAGUGGCUGCUAGCUUUAUUUUGACUUGCAUUGAUGAGAAGGAAUUAAUGCAACUAUUACAGUUGUAAUUCUUCUCGAGCUUAAUGACAUCAGUGCACAUGCAAUAAUUUACAAGCUUGCGCACUUCCACCGUGUGGACGCUGGUGAUGAAAAAUUAUUUUUCUAGAACAAAAAACGAUUUAAAUCACUUUAACGAAAGAAUUUAAUGAAGUACUGCCAAUAAUUUUAAUUGCUCCAACUCCCUCAAGGACGUGAUUUAAUUAGAAUGUUCAAUUAUAGAAUGCUUUUAAAGAAACACAGUUGAGAAUAUCAGUCCAUACUCCAGAUCACAUGCACACUCGUUGACGAAUACACUCGUUGACGAAGCAAGGAAGAAUAGACACACAAGCUUUUGCUUGAGUUGGUAAACUGUCUUCGGAAUUGUUGAUGAAAUUCAUUACUCAUCAGUUGCUUGCGGACGUAUCGAUAACAGAUGCCAGAAAAUCAUUAUAUCAGCGGUUUGUAAUGCCAUAAUACAUUAUUAACUGGACAUUUGCUGACGACAAAAGGUUGCGAUAAUCAUUGCGAUAGCUACGAAACAUUGCAAAGCUAGCAAGCUAUAUGGAUUAUGGUGCAUUCCAAUAACGUGUCGACGAUGCCUGCCUUCGAUCCAAAGAAUCGGAGCUUUUCACAGAAAACAAAAUUGGAAAAAUUUCUUUUCGCUUUUGUUGUUAUUCUGUUUGCAAUUGUUGGACUUUUGUUGUAUUUUUAUUUGAUAAAAAUACCAAAGGAAGUUGGCAUAUAUCGAGACGAAAAGAGCAAGCAAACGAAUGACGGUCCAGAAAUUUGCACGAAGCAAAAUUGUGUGUUGAAUGCUGCUAGUAAGUAACAGUUAUUAAAAUUAAAUUCUUUUAAGUGCUUGUGUGUUUAAGGAGCGAUUCUUCAAAUAAACGAGCAAAUCAAUUUAAAAAUAUCGCCACAAGUGUAUACACAAAUAUAGCACAAAGGGUUCUAUUGUAUAUGAUUGUCGUUUAUACCGGUCAAGUAGAAAGAGUUAUUUAUACUUAACAAACAUAAACCACAGUACUUAAAAUUAAUCAAACUGCACAUAGCGGGGCCAUUAGUGUAUUACGUCGGUGUGGAGAGAGGGUAUAAUAUCUAAAUUUUUAAAAGACAAUCCAAGUUUGCACCAAAUAUUUCAGAUUUGUCAUAGUGCUAAGCGUAGGCACCUUUAUUUUAUGAUGUAGAGAGACUUAAAUCGGUAGGUCAAAGGCAAAAGCAAUUUGUCAGUGUCGUCAUUAGCGUAUACUAUUAAAACGAUUGCGUCAAAUAAAAGCCUCAGGGUUCGGAUCUUCCAGCAAAUGUGCUGUAAGUUAUUUUUGUCAAAUAAAAUAUCAACAUACAGAUAUGUUGUUUAUGUAGUUUACGUCUUAAAUAGUUUUUCAUGCAACUUUCGAAUGGUUAUCCAUGUAUUUUGCGGAGCUUUCUCAAAGCUUUUGGUUCCAAUUUUAUCUCAGUUUUCUAAUUAUUCCACCUAUCGUUCUGAUUGUAAUCAUGCAGGACCUGUAGCGAUUCAAUAAUAUUCUAAAAGCCAAAUGAUGGUCCGUUACAAAAAGCCCAAGGAAGCCUGUUGCCAUGCAGGAGCUCGGGCCAAUAUCGAUAAACAAUUCCUGUUUAUUGUGGCUCGUGACUCAAAGGUCAAAAAAUCGAAGUGAUUUCAACAAAUUCAAUUUUUCCAAUGCUAAUUGACGUCAGGUUUACGUAGGUUACGUACGAAGAUUGUGGGGUUGUCAUGGGAUAUACCUGUGAAUGCAUUCGUGCAAUGCUAGGUAUUUUAUAUUUCUAAUCUAAUGUGUUGGGGUCUUUCUAUGUCCAGGUUAAACAUUUUAUCUUAGAAAUUCUAAUAGAAUAUAUAUUAUAUAAAGCGGUAUAGAAAGUUGCCUCCAGGUAGAUUUGUUAAUUAAAUCAAAGUUAUUAAUACUGAAUCCUGUUUUGAGCUCAUGGUAGUCCACUGGGCACUGGAAAUUUCUAAUAACUUCCUUGUAGCUUGGUUUCUAUUUUGAUAAAUACUGCAUGCAUGCUUGUUUUUUUCUGUGAAAAACGCCGCGUUGACGGACGGAAUUUAUUCGGACGGAAUUUAUACAUUUAUAUCAAUCCGUCCUGACCGUGUAGCUCAGUUGGUAGAGCAUCGAUCUAGUUAUUUGAAGGCCAGGGCUUUUCCAGUGCAUUGUUUAAUUUAAAGGAGAGAGCCAUUAGGCAUUAUCUAACCCCCAAUGUGAAUUAAUCACUCUAGAGUACCAGAGGAAAUUUGUAUGCAAUUAAAAACCAAUUUGCGGCUCACGUUAUCUCUAUUGAAACAGAAAACACACAAUUUGUUGUCAUUACUUUAACUUGAUUAGGCGUAUUUAUCACACAUGUCGACAAUACUUUAGCUUGCUGGCUUGAUUCAAACCGUAUGUAUUGGACAAUGAAUAUUGGAUAUAAGUUCCGUAUGUGCAUGUUAUGUAAUGAAUCUUGCAGCGGUGAUGAGCUAUGAUUGGUCUAUAUUCGGACCACGAUACUUUGUGCGCUUGUGAUCAACCUUCUCUGUCAGAACGACAAUUUUCAGCGAAAUGGCCUUGGUUAAUCUUGAUCAAUCUUAAUAACAUUCUUUAAUUAACUGCUAUACGUUGCCUAGUGAAUUGCAAUUUGCAAAAAAAAAUGUGCGUGGCGGAUAAAUGAGGUUAACAAUAAGGUAAAUGGAUGCGUGAAACGAAAAUCCUCGGGUGCCUCUGUCGAGAUGUGCCUCGUGAAUGGUUAGACUUGGCCAUGGUAGAUUAACAUACUUCAUUAAUUCUUUAAUCAAACUACCACCGCUAGAUCCCAGGCCACUCCAGACAACAGUUUGCGAUAUCCUUGUUAAAAUAAUACAAUCUGUGAUACACUGUAGUUUGCAUGUAUUAAACAUUAUAAACGAGACAUUUUUGUAAGGUAUGCGGUAUGCAUUUCCAGAAAAUUUGGAGGAGAUGAAAGACCUGAAAGGAAUACUGUCUCCUCUCAGUUCAUGCAUAGAUAUUUUAUAUAGACUAGAUAGCACAUCUCUUUUAGUAAAAUUGAAGCCAAGAAUAUUCCAGCGGUUACCCCCAUUUGAAUAGAUGGCGGUCAUGUGGUGUUUCCCACUCGCUAAUAAACGCUUAAAAAACAACAAUAACUUUCAUAAUUUGAAUAGUUUAAAAAUGUAUUUGGAAUAGGUUUACCUUAAUAUUUAAGUUCUGUGUUUAAGAAAUAGACAACAUACGAAUCUUCUCAUUUCAUGGAAAUAUCCUGAGUCUGCAAUCACGGCUUCAAUUUUUGAAUUGUAGGAUAAUUAGAUGCGCUAUCUAGUGGGUUCAUGUGGCUUUCAUAUUUGAGACGAGUAUUCAUAAGCGCUCUGAUUGACAUUCGACAAUCAUUGUGGUAAAAAAACGCAAUGCAGUUUGGAAUGCAUGCAGCAUCUGAGCAGUUAUUAAGCUCAGAUUAGCUGCUAUUGAAAAAUUGCGUUAAACGUAACGGUAAGCGAUCGUAAGCGCUGACAUAUGCCCCUGAGAAUGUUCAAAAGUCUCCUCUAGAAUGUUAAACAAAUUGCUUUUAAUAACGUUCUUUCAAUCAGCGUUGUGGCCCGCUUGCAAAUCUCAUCAUUUCUAAUUGUCCAAAUAUUUUAAGUACUUAAAAUACCGACGUCUAAAUUAUUAGUUGCCGUUAUACCAAUAAUUAGGUCAGGUUUUGACCUCUAGCAUAUAAGUAUUGAAAGUCGAUGAAAAACAGAAGGUUCAUGCAGGAAAUGAAUAAUGAAUACUUAAGUUUAAAAAAAAAAGGAAAAAAAUUUAUACCGGAUGUAUGAAAACUAAAAAAUAUGUAAAAAAUGAAUAAUCCAAAGAGCAUAGGAUGAACAAUCAAUAACCUAGAAAUAUCUAUAAUUUAUAAUUGGAUCAAAAGCAUUUCCCUUCCACACACUCAGAGCUGGCCAUGGAGGUGGUGGUGGGGGGGGGGGCAAAUGUGCCAUGUUGGCUGUUUGUCUACGGGACUAUAAGUUCAGAAGAGCAAUUGUUCCCACAACCAAACCUUGGGGUUUUUUUUCAACUGAACAAUCUAAAUGGAAUUAACAUAUUGCGAGUGAAAUCAAGUGUCGGAAAUGAAGGCUCAAACCAAUAUAAAUUCUGAGCAGGACCCUCAGAACACCACCUACCUGAUUUGCAUUCUCGACUUCCUAGGAGCUCCUUCCUUGGGAACACCCCCCCCCUCCCCCGCAACUGACGAAUACUUAGAUAUGUCACUUACAAAAUGCAUUUUCAGAUCUCAUGGAAAAAAUGGACCAAUCUGUGGAUCCUUGUGAUGACUUCUACAGUUACGCCUGCGGUGGAUACGACAGCAUGACGCCAAUACCAUCACAUCUUAACUUUAUCCAUGUAUUAAAACAACUCCAGGAUGAUAACACGAAACAUCUGAAAAUGAUCGUAGAAAACACAAAGCUUAGAGAAUAUUAUGCAAAAGUAGGUUUAACUCAUGGAAAUGGACAGAAAUAAUGUACAGUAUUGGUAUCACAUGUGAUAGUGUGCAUGCAUUUUACCUUUGUGAUUAGCGGUAUAUUCUGAUUAUAUGUCCUGCUAUGUCACAUGUGAAAAUAGCGCGUUCAGUUUGACUGUACCAAAUCAGUACCACAGGUUUUCUCCAGGGUUCAUCCCGAUAGUGAAUUUCAUUUCACUUUAGCCCUUUCUAAAAUGCCUGAAAAGCUGUGAAACCAUGGAUAUAUGAACCACGCAUCGUAAAACAAGUUCGACUCGUACGAAUCCACAUUUCCAAUAUCCCCUACUCAUAAACGACUUGUCAACUCGCGAGAAUCGACGAGUCUAUUUGUCCAAGUUUCACAAAUUUUACGACUCGUGUCGUUUCGACAAUAGCCGGUAGACAACAACCAUCAACAAGGGUGGUAACUAGUAAGAACCCUGGAAGAUAUUGAAAUUAGAAAUUUCUUGUCUAUCCAAAUCUAAAGGGAACUCCUAGAAAUGAUGGACUUUUCUCCAGCUACAGAAUAUGUUAAUGCCCGGUCGAGUAUACUAAAAAUAUCCACGUUUACAGGUCUGAUCCUGGUCAGCAAAACAUACAAGAAUUAUUGAUGUUCAGCAUCCUUUUUUCUUCAGCAGAACCCAGCAGUCUCUAAGUUAUUGCAAGCGUACGACAUAUGCAUGAACCACAACAAUUUUGAAGAGACCACACUAUCCUCUUUCAAGAAAUUAAUAAGAAGCCUGGGAGAUAGUAAUAUCACGUCGAAGGAAUGGAAUAAAGACAAUUACAAUAUAUUCGAUGCGAUGGUUAAAGGAAUGCGUUUGAAGUUUAAUCCCUUCUUUUCCACUGGCGUAUGGAUUAACCCAAAGAAUAGCUCCAAACACGUUUUUUUUGUAAGUGAAAUGAUUACUACUGCACUCCUUGUAAGUUGAGAUUAAGUUAACGUAAUUCUUUGAUUAUAAACACUGUAUAGAAAAUAUGAAGAUAUUCACUGACCUCAGUACUUUUAUGGAACAAACGAUUGAAAGAAAAUUUCAAUUUUCCAGAGAUUUUUUUAGUUGUAAUGGAAGGAUUAAAUCCUUUACAACAGUCAGUAUCUCAUCCGUUUGCUGUGUAUAUAAUUACUUAAUAGUUUGAUGACUAGUUUUAUGUUGAUUUCUUUUACCAUAGAUUACCAAGCCAACAUUAGGAUUGAGAGCCAAAUCGUAUCUUCCUAAGAAAACGCCGAGAGACGAAAAGGUAUGAUAUACUAAAAUCGUACUCGGUAUACUUGCUUAAAAAACGUUACGUAGAAAAAUAAAGGCGUUCCUCGUAACCUUUUGUCGAGAUUUGUUCAACAAAUAAGUGAGUGCAAGUACAAUAGUUUCAAAAUACAUAUCAACUAUAUUUUUGCUAUGUGUCUUUUCGGAAUGUGUUGAGAGUGGAAAGUUAUAACCGCACACACGAUCUUAGACGUUUGUUGCUCUAACAACUUUGCCAAUCAAAUUACGCAAUCACCCAUCGUUUACAGGAUCACCUAAAUGUUUCUUUCAUUUCUUCAGAUAAGGGACUUGUACAGAGAAUAUAUGAUCACAAUGUUAAAGAGCGUAGCAUCGAAUCCUCGCGAUGUCCCAGCGGCGGUGGACGGGGUUUUAAGGCUCGAGAAACGCAUUGCUAAGGUACAUUAAAGGUACAUUUAUUUAGGUACAUUAGGUAAUCUGACACAGAAAACGUUUUGAAAAUUCUGUAAAAUUAAGCCACACCAUCGCAGCCAGAAGCAGAAGAGGCUGUUAAAACUAUGUACACUUUGUUUUUCUUUCUUAUAUACGUCAGAUUCUUGCAAGAUUUAAUGAUGACUACUCCGCUUUGACAAUAGAAGAACUCUCUAGAUUUACAAAGGUAAUGUUAUAUCAAAAAGUGGUUUCAAUUGAACUUAGCCAAAGGAAUUCAAAAAAAAUCUUUGGCAGAUCAUGUGUAUCAAAUAAAACAUACCAUUGUGCAAUGAGAUUCUUCACAAGUCACUAAUAUCGUUAACUUUAUUCUGUGCUUGGAAACGUUGUAAAGUAAAUAUGAACCAUACGUAUCAAGUAUGUAUUAUCCUUUAUUUUUAUUUAAUAGUUUGACUGGUUGUCGUUCUUUCAAAAUUUGGCAAAUGAUGUCAAGUACUACACAAACAAUGAAGAUGUUAUAUUGGUGAACUCCAAAGCAAUCAUCAAACACAUUAAUACUGUUAUUGCGACUACGGAUAAACAGUAUGUAACUUUGCAUCGUUUUAUAAUUAGAAGAAAAGAACCCUCUCUUCAACAGAACUGGUGAAACCUGACCUUAUGUGACUUUUCAGCCUGCAUGAUACCUUAGACUCAAUCUACCUACCAGUAAUUUUCCUCUUUGCUGAAGAAUUUUACUAUUAUAUAUUACUAUACUUUUGUUUUUAGUGUUCUAUCCAACUAUAUUGUCUGGAAGGUACUUCAGGACAGUAUUCCUGCUUUACCAAGCGAGCUUAGCAGAACUGAACAUAAAUUUAAGAAUAAUAUCCGAAGCAGAAUGCUAGAACAAACCCAAAGGUGGGAAACGUGUGUUGAAAUAUUGAGUGAAUCCUUUCAUAAAGUUCUUAGCCAUCUGUAUGUUGAACAAAGAUUCAGUGAAGAUUCAAGACGAAAGGUUAGUGCUUUAAUCGAGUUCAACCAAAAUAUUAUCCGGAGCAAGGCAAGACUGAGAAUAUAGCCUCCUCAAUGGCAUGUGAGAAAAAGGACUACAGCUCGAAUCCACCAACACAGUAGUUUUUCCUCGGAUACACUGGUCUCCACUAGUACUGAUCAUCCCCUAUUACUGUAUGGUCUACCUAAAUCUUCGUAGCCUCAUUGUUAACGUGGUACUUCAUUAUAGGCUUUCGAAAUAUUUCAUGACAUACGUAGAGAAUUUGUGGAGGAUCUCAAAAAUAAAACAUGGAUGGAUGAAAAGACCAAAACAGCAGCUGCAGAAAAAGUAUGUUUGUGAUUGAACUGAGAUAUUAACUGAUAGGAUAAUUGAUUUUUCUAAUAUUCCAAUUGACAUUCAUUCCUUAUACAGGCAAGAGGGAUUCAUUUCCUUGCCGGAUAUACAGAUGACACGAACAAUAUUGAGGAAAUGAACACUGUUUUUCAAAAGGUAACAUUUGAUACCAUACCAUAAAACAUACAGUGCUAAGCAUUUCAGGUACUUUUAAAUUUCUUCCAGCUUUAAACAGGAACGCGUUACUAGAUUGUAGGCAGGGCUUAUUUGAAAGGAGCGGUUUAAUUAUAGGCGUACGUACGAGACAAGAGCUUGAGGGGGUGGGGGAGGAGACAACUGCUCCUGGAAGAUGUGGAAACCAAGGAAAUUCGGGUAACAUCAAUAAUAUAUCAGAAAACAUGUUAAAUUCAGUUUAUUUCAUUACAAUCCUCCGUACAAUUUUGGGGAAAUUUUAAGUGUCCCCAGCCAGCCACGGAAAGUAUUAGCUCCAUACGUCAAUAUGGGUUUAAUAGAUGAUUCGCAGUGAUUGAGCUUCGCAAAUAAAAGCACUCAUGGUUCAUCAUCAGAGAUCAUGAAUUUUGUUUGUUGAACUUAAGUUGAUGUUAUUGAUGUGACAGCUUAGCACGUAUUUAUAAUUAACAAUUAUUCAAUGUUUUUAGUUGCAGAUAAAUCGAAGUAACUUCUUUGAAACGUACUUGAACCAACGUAGUUUAGUGUUCAAAAAUAAUUUGAAAAAUCUUCUGCAUCCGGUUCAGAAAAAUAGGUAGGUUUCAUUUGAGUCACAUGGUGUGGUCUAUUUGAAGUUUAUCGAUUCUUAUUAUCAUAUGAGGAGCGCCAAGAUCAGCACUUGAUUUUCAGGUCAAUCGACUUAAUAUAUUUUCUCCGUUAUAGCUUCGAAGAACUUACUUGGAAUGCAAAUGCAUACUAUUCAAGACAAGAAAAUAAAAUAUGUGAGUUAAUUUCAUUAAUCCACAUAAUUUUUAAUUGAUGAAAAUCAGUUGAUCGGGAAAAAGACAUGCAUUUGUUUUUUGUUCAGCAUUUUUGGCUGGAAUUCUUCAACGUCCAAUCUAUGAUCGCAACAAUAGUAGGUAUGUUUGAAAGUAAUCAAGGCAGAUAGCCAUUAGAAAAUACAGUAUAACUAACAGCCGACCAUUUUUGCAUUACGUCACAUGAUGACGUCACAAGAUGACGUAUCAAAUGGGGAAAACAAGGAGUGAAUAAUGCAAAUGCAACCACGGUGAAUUAAAAAUAAUACUGGAUAACUGGAACGUGGAAACAUAGAAUCGUAGAAUCUCUUACUAAAACUGAUAAGUCUCGAUGACUUUUACUAUUGAUUACAGAGCAUCGAAUUAUGGUUCACUGGGAAUGAUUGUUGGGCAUGAGCUGACCCACGCGUUUGAUAGCAAAGGUAAGUGCUGAGCGGCUCUUCUUCUCAAUGGUUCCCAGUAAUGUAUUUCGUUUUCACAUUGGAACGUUGAUUAUUGUAGGUCACAUGUUCGACAAGAAUGGAAAUCAGAGAAACUGGUGGACUUCAAAUUCUUUGAAAAACUUCCAAGAAAGGACAGCAUGCUUCACCGAGCAGUACAAUAAGUUCACAAUUCUUGGAGAAAGCGUAAGACAUGAAUAGUAUGUGACCAGUGCUUGUAGAAAUGCCUUAGUUUAACCAGUCAUGACCAGCGAUUGUUUAGGGAUUUUAGAAUAGUAUUUCAGUUAUAAUAUCACGCCUCCUAAAACUCGUACCUUUCUCCCAGUAAUUGACUGACAUGACUGAUUGACUCGGGCCGUGCAUACAAAUAAAAUGCUUUGCUACCAUAAAAUUAAGGAACUUGGAACGAUUAUUUGUUUCCUAGCUUUGAAGUUAAAGAAAGGAUUAUUACAGUUAUUAUACAGCAUGCAACAGAAGUAAACUUGGCCUCUCAGCUGCUUUUUGAACGUCUAUGCUUUCUUCUGAAAACUAGGUUUAUCUAAUUUUGCUUUAGGUAAGAGGGAAGAACACACUGGGAGAAAACAUUGCUGAUAACGGUGGACUCAAGCUGGCAUACAAUGUAUGUUUUAAACAACAUUGUCAAUGAUAAUAAUAUAAAUAACGUCUUAAUCAUCCAUUUGCAAUUAGGCUUUUAAAAGAAGUGAGAAACAAAAUGGCGCAGAACUACAACUUCCUGGUCUCAACCUAACAAAUGAUCAAGUGUUCUUUCUGUCCUUUGCUCAGGUUAGUUAUUAACGUGCUGACGUGCCAAUAUACUUAAUUAAUUAAACUGCUACCCGUGUUUCAACCUGAGUAUCAUUUCUAAUUAGACGUGGUGUUAUUUUCUUUGACCAUUUGAGCAUAAAUGGGAAAUGAUUUCUUAUUAGGUUUGGUGUUCAAAAUAUACAAAAGAUGCGUUAGAAGACACGAUAAAAUAUCAUGUGCCAAUGAUGUUCAGGUAGGAAUCGUUUUCUGGUAAAGCCAGUGGGCAUUGUUCUCGAUUUGAUUACAUUUCCCCCCUUUUUACCGGUUUAGAGUAACAGGGCCACUACGCAACUCAGUGGAAUUUUCCAGAGCAUACCGCUGUCCUGUUGGCUCAAGGAUGAAUCCAGCACAAAAAUGUGGUGUAUGGUAAAUAUAUUGGGUGAUGACGACGAAGUGAUUUCAAUAGAUCAUAAUAUAAUGCAUAUCAUAAAUCAAUGACGUAUGCACACAUUAUUCAAUAAUAACGUGCAACUCGCAAGUCGUGAAAAUAGGGGGUUUUAUUUGGCAAUGCCAGUGGCUGAUCCAACGAACGCUUAUAAUGCUAAAUAAUCAUUUUACAACAAAUCCAUGAAAUUUUAAAUUAAAUAAAUUCUAGCCCAGAGAAUAUGAGCGAAAGAAAUGAUAAGAACUUUUCUAAUUAUGUAUUAUAGUCUUUGUAUGAUUCUUAGCUAAAUAUAAGCAGGUGUAGGCUUUUAUACUGCAGAAUAUAAACUUUGUUUUAUAGAUGGAGAAUUUGUCAUAGAUAGCCUAGAAACGUCACCAUGCAUACUCGUCACCAUACUCAAUUCUACCCGGUUCUAGUAGUUCUACCUUGUUCUUCCAUAUAUGGUCCAUACUCAGUUCUACCUCGUUACAAAACUCAGUUCGACCAUGCAUUGCACUGGUUCCACAGAACAUUAAAAAUUCUUCACAGCACAAACCAUAACCUGUUACUAUAGCUAUUAUAACAAUAAUAGAUCGCUGACCAAACUCAUGCAUGCGCAAGUGCUCAAAUUAAAAUUUGUAAUUUGUCAAUUUUUUCUCUAUGACAG